GCGGCAGCGACGGGAGAGGAUGCGGGAAGCGGCGGCGGACACGGCCGGAGCGGUCCGGGGAUUUUUUUUUUUUCCUAUUUUGAUUGACUGUGCGGGAAACACAAAAGGUGGAGCCUCCAGCCCAAAAGGGGGGAAGAGGGUGACAGCCCGCCCGGAAGUCCCGCCCCUCUUCUCCGCUCUUAUUUGCUUCCACGCUCUCCAUCGGUUGCGCUCAUUGGUCCGGACGCUUGUCCGUCGAUCCGCUAGGCAGCGCGCUUCCUGUUUGCCCCCUGGUUUUCGGAGCAGGACCCUCCUGGCUGUCGGGGAGCUGAUCUGGGGAGGAAAUCCGUCCCCGGUGGCUUGGGCCGCACUCGUCGUCCCCUCCAUCUCGGCAGAAUGUCCCCAGGGCCUCGCGCUCCCGGAGCUGCGACUUCCCGGUGCUGCCCGGAGGCCGCCGCCGCUCCGCCCCGGGGCUGCCGCCGCUGCUACUGAGCGAAGCAGACCCGCCCCACGAGCCCGGAGGGAGGGCGCUGUCUUCUACGCCAAGUCCAAAGGCCCACUGGAGGCCGGAUUGUCAAGGAGAAGCGUGCAAUCAAGUUCAGCAGAAUCAAGAACGCGUAGAACUAACACUCAGGACAGGGCCCCAGUAAGGCAGGAACAGAGAUGCCGGCCAGGUGUCUCCUCCCAGGAACAGUCUACAGGUGUGCCCCGCACACCGGUCAUGCUGGCCACCUGGUUACGAGGGUUUGGGGAGAGACCCCAUUUUCUGUGGGGGCUCACAUGCCUAGCUCACAUCUUUGCACACGUCCCUUCUGUGAGGCCUACAGAAACGAAGACCACAUCGGCAGGCUCAGGAACCCCUGACCUUUUGGGGUCAGAUGAGUUCGUGGCUUUUGCUCUCUAG